AACGUCAAUGAUAAGUGGGACAUCAAAAGCUCUGAUAAUCUAAUUUAUCAGCUGAGGUCAAUCUAUCAGCAAGGCUGAUGCUGCUUUCUGUGCAUUUUCCAGUCCUUUACCCAAUUUACCUCAAUCUCUCAGUGACCUUCUGUUGCUGCUGCAACAAUUUAUGGUUUUGUUAAAUCCUGAAAGCAGAAACCUGCCUCCUCACCUGAAACUCAUUUCUUUUACCUAACAGCUGCAGUGCAAUAUAGAGCUCCUUGCUGAGGGUUGGGCUCUAACACUUCUCCUCCAAAAAAGCAGAUGUGGGUCAUUUUCUGUCACCGUUUGCACUUGCCUUGCCCCAAAGCUUCAGCUCUCCAGGCAGGAUAGAGGCAGUGGUGUUUUGAAGGCCUCAUUACACCUGAAUUUUAUGCACAGGACAGUAAUGGGGACGGGUUUGGUGUUUGUGGGAGUAAACCUGGGGAACAAACAGGGCUUUAAAUAAAACAAAUCUCAAGAACCAAGCAGCGCCCAUCCUUGAGAAGCACGGUUGCCACGGUGCUGGGCGGGGGCCACCCUCAGAAGCCCCUCAGGGGUCUUGGGGUCCCUCCAUGGCACCCGGGGAGGCAGCAGCAGGGAGCGGGGCUGCCCCCAGCCCCUCGUUCCCCCUCAGCGACCAGCAGCGGCUGCAGCUGCGGGAGGCCUUCGACUUGUUUGAUGCGGACGGCUCGGGGCAGAUGGACGUCGGGGACCUGAAGGCAAGGGGCUGGGGGAGACAGGGUGUGGGCAGGGCUGGCUGGCGGCUCCUCGCCACGCUGCCACUGCCCUGAGCCUUAUAACCAGUAUCACAAAGGGAAAAUAAUGAUUGCUGUGGUCAUACUGUGCCUGCAGCGGGAGUUCAUAGCAGGCUGCAGAGCCCGUCAGCUGCUGACUGAACUCAGACCAAAGCACUGAGGGUUUGUGUGUGCCUGACCUUGUCUUUUCUUCCCCACCAAAUCAGGGAGGAACAUCAAUUUGCCAUGGGACACACAAGUAAAGCUCUCUUGACAGCCCAACACCCCCUGCCCUCUAACAAGGGACACCAAACGUCUUGUGUAGCUGAAGGGCGUUGGGUCUGCUGCUCUCAGGGAUGUGUUUGCAGCCUGAGCAACCCUGAUCCGCAGCUCGGGUCCCCUCUGGCCGGGAGGAAUGACACGCUCGCUUUGUGACUGAGCUUGCACUUGGAACCUGAAUUACAGUAGUCAAAUAGAAAUGACAGGCGGUAAACAGGAAUGUUGCAAACAGGGCUAAUCAUUUACAAGCUCCACCUGUUGUGGAGCUGUUACAGAGCAAUUAGUGUUUGCCACCUAUUGCUUUUGGACCGCUUACUGUGCUCUCAGACCUCGCUGCUGGAGCUCGGGCUUGUCACGCAGCCAGCAGUGAAGUAAGCGUUGUGCCAACCUUUUAGCCAGUUGUCAGAGCAAACUGUGGAAGCAGAGAGGGAAUCACAUGGGAAAAGUGUUCCAGGUUAAAAUAACCAUAAUACAGAAAAAAAUAUAUAUAUUCAUAUGUAAAUAACCAUGAGGGCCCUGGGCUGCGAACUGAGGAAGGAGGAGAUGAGGAAAAUUAUCUCUCAAGUUGAUGAGGAAGGGUCAGGGAAGAUAAACUUUGAGUCAUUCCUGCAGGUGAUGGCUCAGAAAAUGGUGUGUGAGCCCAGCUGGUCGCAAAGACUGAAAUUCCUCUUGCCUAACUUUACAAUGCAGGCAGAGCCAUAUUCAAAAAAGGAGAUCCUGAAAGGUUUCAAGCUGUUUGACUGUGAUGGCACUGGCAAGAUCUCCUUUGAGAAACUCAAGCUGGUGGCUACUGAGGUUGGAGAAGACAUCACAGAUGAAGAGCUGCAGGUGAUGAUCGAUGAAGCAGAUGUGGAUGGAGAUGGAGAAGUGGAUCAACAGGAGUUCCUGCGGAUUCUGACGCUGAAUGAUCUGUAGCUGUGAUUUUUUUUUUCUCCCAUUCAGCUGUAAGCGACUGGUUGCAAUGUGACUCUUCUCCAACUUCAUUAUUUUUAGUUUGUCGCUUUUUUUGGGUGUGAAAACCUACCAAGAUAUUGUUAAUGUUUCAUCUUUGGUGUUGAUUCUGCUCCAUUACUGCAAGCAGUUUUCCACAUGCCAGUAAACAGUGUUGCUACUAA